UCAUCCAAUGAGCUUCAAGAUCACUGGAGGGGUGGGCAGGACCAUACCAAACGCAAACAUGGCGGCGUCCUUAGAUGAUGAUUUUGAGUCUGAUAACCAGGACUACUACUCUCUACUCAACGUCAGGAAAGAGGCUACACUGGAAGAGCUAAAGGCUUCAUACCGCAGGCUGUGUAUGCUCUACCAUCCUGACAAACAUCGAGACCCACAGCUGAAAAGCCAGGCCGAACAGCUUUUCAACCAGGUGCACCAAGCGUAUGAAGUGCUGAGUGAUGCUCAAUCCAGAGCCAUCUAUGACAUCUUUGGGAAGAAAGGGUUGGAGGUGGAAGGUUGGGAGGUGGUGGAGAGAAAGAGAACUCCAGCAGAAAUUAGGGAGGAAUACGAAAGGCUGCAGAGAGAAAGAGAAGAGAGGAGACUGCAGCAAAGAACUAACCCCAAGGGCACAAUAAGCGUGGGCGUAGAUGCAACAGACCUGUUUGACCGCUAUGAUGAGGACUUUGAAGAGAUUCCGGGGGGGGGAUUUCCUCACAUUGAAAUCAACAAGAUGCACAUUUCCCAGUCGAUAGAGGCUCCUUUGACAAACUCUGACACAGCAGUGCUCUCUGGUUCGCUCUCUACACACAACGGGAAUGGAGGGGGCAACAUUAACAUGACCGUACGAAGGGUUACUUCAGCCAAGGGCUGGGGAGAGGUGGAGUUGGGUGCAGGAGACAUACUCGGACCUCUCAUUGGGUUAAAGGUGUUUCGCAACAUCACUCCACGGUGUUUCUUGACAGCUCAGUGCGGUUUGCAAUUCUCUCCUCGAGGUUUGAGGCCGAGCUGUUCCCUGAUGACAGCACGCCACCUGGACCAGAACACCAUGGGUUAUCUGCAAUGGCGCAGGGGGCCCAACAGCGCCAUGACCACCAGCCUGGUCCGAGACACAAAGAGCAGCCAUUUUACUCUAGCUCUGCAGCUGGGUGUGGCUCAUUCUUACCUGAUGAUGAGCUACCAGUACAAGUUCCAGGAUGAGGAGCAGACCAAAGUGAAAGGCUCUGUAAAGACAGGCUGGUUUGGAACUGUUGUGGAAUAUGGAGCGGAGAGGAAGAUCAGCCGACACAGUGUCCUGUCAGCCACUGUCAGCAUUGGGGUCCCUCAGGGAGUCACACUCAAGAUCAAGUUGGUACGUGCCAGUCAGACGUACCUGUUUCCAGUUCAUCUAACAGAUCAGCUGCUGCCCAGUGCUGUUUUCUACGCCACUGUGGGACCCCUGCUGGUCUACUUGGCCAUACACCGACUGAUCAUCAUCCCAUAUAUACAAGCACAGAAAGAGCAAGAGCUGGAGCUACACAGGAAGAGUUCCUCUGCAGACAUCGCCAAGAAGAAGCACGAGGCAGAGUCUGCUGUUCUGCUGAUGCAGGAGUCUGUGAGGAGAAUCGUAGAAGGGGAAGAAUCCAAGAUGGGUCUGAUCAUCCUGAAUGCCUGGUAUGGAAAGUUUGUGUCAGACACCAGUCUGAAGCAGGAGAAAGCAAAGGUCAUUGAUGUCACUGUGCCUCUGCAAUGUCUGGUCAAGGACUCCAAACUAAUUCUCACAGAGGCCUCCAAGGCAGGGUUGCCGGGCUUCUACGACCCCUGUGUAGGAGAGGAGAAGAGUCUGAAAUUACUGUACCAGUUCAGGGGUGCCAUGCACCAGGUCAUCUCUGCAGACACGGAGUCGUUACGGUUACCCAAGCAAUCUCACAGAAUUGAGUCUGAGUCCUAGGAGCCCCCCACUGUUGUAGCAUCAGAAGCGAAAAACCGUGGGAAGGUGUUUUUUUGUGUAAAAACAUCAACCCCAGAAAGGAGGAGACCCAUCAACAAUAAGCCCGUCUACCUCCUAUGGUCCUCUGUCGUGGUAUUAGUGAAUCUUUAUUGACUAUCCGAUCCUCCCUCUCCUGUUGUCCGUCUCCUAUGUUCAGCAGAACAAAGGAGUCGGCACGGCGCUACAAGGUGUAACCCUUUGUGUUAAGUCUGCCACACCUGACAGUGCUGCUUAAAUAUCUGCCUUCUGGUGGCAAUCAGACACUGGCACCGAGCAGUUUCAGAAAUGCACUACACAGAGGGACCGAUUGCCACUGCAGAAGUGGAGACCAUUCCUAUCAGCAAUGAGAUAAAAGUGCACAUACAUUUAAAGAUCAAGUGUGUCAAGUGUAUAUACAAAUGAAUGGCCUGUGCUGUCAUUUUACCCCAUGUCAUUGUAGCCUUCAUACUUGUAUCACCCUGGUAAGUUUGACUAAAAUUUGUUAAGCCACUUUAAUAACUCGUGCAAAUGUACCACUCUGCAGGAUCUCAGUGACCCUGAGGCUGGACCGUCAGAGGAUUGAUAAUGUACCUAAUGUUUUUGUUUAAUUGUUGAAAUGCCUACCUAAUGUAUUAUGCCUUUUAGUGACAUCUAUGCUGCUCAGCUGCAAAGUGCUGCUCAAAACAUCUUUGAGAGUUGGAAGUAGGAUUAGGGCUGUGAUGAUUGUAUUCCAACCCAGAAAGGAAAGGCUUGAAUUCUCAUGUUUUAAUAAUGCAGGCUAGAUUUGAUCUGCAAGGUCCCUGUAAAAACAAUAAUUGAUAUUGACGUAUGUCCAUCACUGGAAAUGUGAGAUCCGUAAAGAUCUUUUGUUGGGGCCACUGUUAUAGCAGCCAUUUCGCACCAAUUCUGUUUGUAGUAUACUCAUUUGUUUCAAAUGUACUGUAAAUUAUGUCCCCUUGCUGUAGUGCCACCUUGAGACUAGCAGAAAGACUGCUCCUGCUGUCACUCCAGCCCAAAUCAGUUUAGUUCUUUGUCCUGUAAAGAGUACAAUAAAUACAAAAAUAUCCA